AUGAAGAGAAAUAAGAAUGUUUCUAGAAUUGGGGAGAAUGACGUUGAAGAUCAUGAGAAUGACAUAAUGGUUGACAUUGAAGAUGAAGAAAAGUGGGUUGAUCAGACUGGUACGCAAGCUAAACUAUCUAUCAGAGAGAACAAGCUUCCCAAGAACAUUCCUUCAGCUCCCGUUGACAAUUUUAAUUACAAGUUGUUUGUUAGGAAACAUGUUGAUGGCUUUGUCAUUCAUACUAUUGCUGAUAUUGAUGAAACCGAUUUGGGAAUUGAUGAAGAUAUGUUGGAAGUGGCUCAUUUCUCUAGAUUUGUGAGAAGUCAUAUUCUCAAGGCAUUAAUUCAUGAAGCAAAAAUGGUGCAAGAGAUUAUUGAUACGUUCACUACAAAGAAAAGUGUUUAUAAAUGA